AAAUGAAGAUGAAAUAAGUAACACAUUCUUCGACCUAAUUGGAACUGCUUAGAACAAAAGCGGAUUAAAAUCUCCCCCAAUGAAAUUCAUUUGCAAUUUCAUAGGUAGUCCCUACUUCCACUUCUAUAAUUUUGAGAAAACAUUGCAAUUUCAUCAAUAGUCCCGACUUGUGGGCCAAUUUCAAUUGCAAGCUAAUUUGCACCCUUGCAAUAGCUUCUCACAUCAUAGCAAGUGUAGGAUGCAAUUGCACCUCCUUGCCACAUCAUCUUGCAAGUCACAAAAAUUGCACUAUUGGAGAUGACCAUUACUGCAUCUCGUCACCUGUCUUAGGAAAAUUAGCCAUGGCAAAUUCACAAAAUACUGCAUGCAUAGAAAAAUAUUGGUCUGGACAAUUAAAAAAAUGGGAGACUUUCCUAGUCAGAUGAUGUACUGGUUCCCCUCAGUACCUGGCAGUUUUGAGUGCUGGAGAAAAAGACUGGAAAAAAAACCAACAAAGCCUUAGUAAACUUCUUAACAGAAGACAUCCAUUGCUGGCCCCUUUGCUGCUCCAACGCUCCACCCCGCCCUGCAUCAAUCGACUCUCAUGUAAGCCUAGGAAGUUUGCUUGAGGAUGCCUCAGGGGUCUCUUCAUGCUCCGUAUGCCGAAGGUCAAUAAAAGUAUUGGUCAAUUCGGCGAUACGAUACACUGGCAAAUAGGCGCACUGGUCCUCCUUAACAUAAACCCCCAUAUCCAUCCCAACCCUUUCAAGAAAGGUGGUCACGAAGGUGGCAUAUGGAAAGGCAGUGUACCAGUUUUCCCCUCUAGGAGCAGCCUCAACCAUGUUCAGGCACAUGAGAGAUGCGAGGUUAACAGGAACACCUCUUUGAGCUUGCACAAGGAUAAACAGGUCAAGUUUACGAAUAAUCGAAUGACCACGAUACCUUGGCAUGAAGCAGUUGACGAUCAUCCAGUGGAGGAAUCAAAGAGGAUUUGGGAGGAAAGAAGCCUGGAUGCGCCCCUUCGUCAGUUUCGCCAGUUCAACUUCAAACUCAAAAUUGUACAGCCUCCCAAGAUCGCUUCUGCGAUCAAUGGGGUGUCCUGCGGCGGGGAGAUCGAGGAUCUCAGCAAACUGAUGAGUCUGGAAGCAGACUCUAUGUCCCAGGAAGAUCGACACGAGAUGAGAAUCACAGGGACCAGAAAGCUCUAAAUUGUGGUAGAACUUCCUCACCACAUGUGGGCAGUAACUAGUGCUUCCUCGACUCCGGAGAUCAAAGAACUUUUCCCAGCCAAGAUUUUUUAUUAACUUCUUCACUUCUUGAGGGAAAGGACUUAGGUGGAUGAACUCGUACUCGGCCACAAUUGUUGUUUUGCUUGUAAAUGAAAGAUAGUCACUGAGACUUGCGGUGGAUCGGCAGUCUUCAUUUGAUAGAGAUAGUAUCCCCAUUUCCGCAAACGAUUUACCUUUGUUUGCCAUGGAGUCUGGAGGAAGAAGGAAUAAGGAAAGGUGAAGAUGGAGGAAAGAGAGAGUGUAGGUGUAAGAAAAAGUGAUCGUGGGGGUUGAGUGUGGAGACGUGAGUGUGAUGGAGACGGUUGAGUCUGGAAUGUCAAGAGUUAGAAGAUUUCGGAAGAUAUGUAGUAAUGAUGAUGGUAACUCGUGUAGGUUAAACUAGGGUAAGUAAAGCUAGUUAAACUAGGGUUGGCGCACGAAUUGAUACGGCAGGAGAAAACAAAUGGGCUCGCACGUUCCAAGCCCACAUUUGAAUAUUGCAUGGGUCAUGUACAAGCCCACGUUUGAAUGUUAUUUAAAAGCCUGCAAAAAUCAAUGAUCAGACCCAGUCCAACUAGAAUUACUCCUAAACGCACCAUUAAUACAUAAACACAAACUAAGGAGACCUCUCCAUUCGAUUCGAAUCAAAUUAUGUGUUCUUCAUCUUCUUCCUCAAUCCUCUGGGCGAGACGAACACUACAUAUCAGGAAACCUAAAUUUCACCGAGAGAUAUAAGGUUCGAGAAAAUCACAAUAACGCUAAGACAAGAUGACAAAGCACUAGCGACAUGAACCCUAGGGGUAGCAAACCUCUUUCAAGGGUUCUUUGCAAAUGAAAAGUUUGAUGAACACAAUAAUAGACAUGGUCGCCGUAAUCGUGUUAGAAAGAGAUGGGCGAGGGGAAAUAAAAUGGCGAAGAAGAAACAAGACAAAAUAAAUUGGGAAAUUCAAUCUACGUCGAAUGUGGAUGCAAGUAAUUGGGAUUCAAAAAGAUGAUUAAGUUGGGGAGUUCAAAUUGGAUGGGGAGCUUCUCUUGGAACUGUGAAGGGGCGUCCCUCCAAGACGAGAGAGGGAUCGUGUAAUUGGUUAGGGAGACUGGAAAUUAGUUAGGGCGGCAGUGAGUCUACCCAAUUGGGUUUGCAGUCUUAAUCCAUUUAAUUUAAUCGUGCCAGUUAGUUGGACUAGGAUGAAAAAAAACUUAACGCGGCAGGAGCCUUUUUGUAAUUUGUUUAGUUAUUUAGUGGCGCAGGAAGGUUUAACAAACGUGAGCCGUGGAGAUUGAAAACGAAUGGUUAAGGUCGGCCACGGUACCCGUACCCGGAUUUUGCCCUGGGCACCGUAGAAGUCACCAUAUAUAUAUAUGGUGGCUUCUACGGUACCCCGGGUGAAAUUCAGGGUACCGUUUACCUUGAGUAUGAAAACACUAUCUAGACCUCGAAAUAGGAAAAAACUUUGGGCUUGGUACUAUACCCUAAUCCUUAUUGAGUGAACCCUAGGUCCUAAUUAUCUAAAUCAUAAACUAUAAACCCUACGAUGGAGCAUUCAUAUUUUUGCCUAUAUUUGGACGAAUCAUAGCCGUCGAUUAUUGUUUCUAAUUAAAUUGAUAUUUGAGUAUAAGAUUUAGGGAGCUAAGACCUAGAUUUUGAUCUUUAAGGGUUAGAGUAUAAUAUCAUGUCCAAAAGAUCAAUCAAUUCAAGGUCUGGAUAGCGUUUUCAUACUCAAGGUAUGCGGUACACCGGAUUUCACUCGGGGUACCGUAGAACUCGCCAUAUAUAUAUUCUACCCACUCUCAUUAUAGCCGCACCCUUCUUGUGAAACUGCCGCUCGGCCUCCUACCCCUCACACUCUCUCUCUCUCAAAACCACUCAUCCCACCAUUCUCUUUUAACAAUGGCGAGGCAUCUGUCGACUAGAGCCACAACAAAUAGGACUUGCGACG